UUUUACGUAAUUAAGGAAAUACUAUCUCAUAUCUUAGUCCAUGGAUUUACUAAUUGAUGGAGAGAUUAUCAAUGGAGAGAAAUAGGGAUUUUUUGUAGGUAUUUCUUCUGAUUUAAUUGAUUUUGAGUUGAAUUGCAAAUUUGUGUGUAAAAUUGAUAACAAUCAUUUGUUGUUUUAAGAGUGGUUGUCUUUGUUCGUUGACUGCAGCUUGCCCUAUUUCUAUUUUGUGGGUCUAAUCAUAUGAGUUAAAUGAUUCGAACCAUGAGCUUUCUCUUAAUAGCCAGAGUUCUAGUGCUCAACUUUGGUGUAACAUGGUUAAACUUAGAGGGUUGCUUGAAAGAUGAGGACAUGGAGAUUGGGCUUCUUGAGUAAACACUCUAUGAUGCUUAGAAUGCUAGCAAAAUUGUUUUUAGUCAGUGGCCUUCUACUCAAUUGUUACAAUGUUGUUUUCUUUAUAAGUUAGCUAUGGAUUCAUAUCUAGUAGAUAUACUCCCUCCAAUAAUAACAAGCCAAAAACUUGAUGCUCUUCGUAGUAGAUAUAUUCUAAGAUACUUAGUUCUUGUAAUUAUUCAUUCUAAAAGUAUGUGUGCUGCAAAUUUGUCAUUUCCACUAUGAAAUAGGCGAUUGAUAUUAAGGAAAUGUGAACUUACAACCAUUGGACAUUAUUGCCUUUUGAAUAUUAUGUAUCAAACUGAAGGAGAAAAUAGACAAUGGCUCUAAGGCGCAUGCUUGGAUUCUCUGAUGGAGAAUUGAUGCGUUCGGAUGCAAAGCCUUGUUCACGGCUGAUGAGGCACACUGCUGGAAUUUGUUCAGUUGGAGGAGCAUUGGGCUUUUGGACUCUCUGCCGCUUGUAUUAUGGUCCUAGAAUAACAGUUCCUCGAACUCUUAGGUGGGCUGCUUGUGGUGCUGUCUCUAUGAGCGCAUCCACAGCUUUGUUGGUUCGUCUACUCAGCCCUGAAUGUGAACCCCAAAACGUAGCUUCGUACGACCAGAAACGAUAACGUUGGUGGCACGUUGCUUACUUCUUUGAAGAAAACGCUAGAAAAAUGAGCGAGAUAUAUGAUUCUCAGUGUAGAAAGACAAGAGUGUAGUCUCGUUUUUAGAGGUACGGAUAUCCAUCUAUGACACUAAGGGCAUGUUCGGUUGACCUCAAUUGUUUUUCCGUGUAAUAAAUCCGGCCUGAAUUAAAUGUGGUUGGGCCCACAAUCGCGUAUGUAAUUGGUAGUGUUUGGUGAACCCUAAAAAGAUGUUUGUUGACUUGAUAUAUGCAUGUCAUUGGACUAAUUUGUCCUCCACUUUUA